GGCCCAGAUCGCGCAAUCUGCUGACGAUGAAACGCGUACUUUAAUUGAAAAAGUAAAUAACAAUGAGCUUGACUCGUCUAGAUACGUCGUUCGAAACGACAUACUUUAUUACAAAUACGCUCCAAUAGGUGAGGAGCCCAGACUCUUAUGCUAUAUCCCAAAAGGACAUCGUUUAAGCCUCUUACGUAUCUUUCAUGAUCAACACGAACAUAUAGGUUAUGAUAAAACUGUGGAACUAAUUUUACGUCACUUUUGGUUUCCGGGGCUUCGUGCUUUCGCAAAAAAAUAUACUAGUCACUGCUUAGUGUGCUUAUCCUCUAAGAAAAUUCCCCGCGCUCCUCAACAACCAAUAGCUUCUUGGCAUAAGCCAGAUACUCCGUUUAGUAAUGUUCAUGUAGAUAUACUCGGUCCAUUACCCGAAUCUAAUGGUUUUAAAUAUGUUUUGCUGCAUGUAGAUUCAUAUUCUAAAUAUUGUUUACUUUAUCCAAUGAAACGACAAGACACAAACGAGUUAAAACAGAUUUUUUCCAAUUCUGUAUCUUUAUUCGGCACACCAAAAUUGUUAGUUUGUGAUCGAGGCCGUAUGUUCGAGAGUAUGAGCUUCCAAAAAUGGGUAAACGAGAUGGGAUGUCAAAUUCAUUUUAUCACACCCGAAAUGCACGCUGAAAAUGGUCAGGUAGAGAGAUACUGUAGGACUGUUUUAAAUAUGUUGCGUAUUGAGGCCGGUAACAAAAAGGAGUGGUCCGACUGCUUGUGGCGGCUACAGCUUGUUAUAAAUUCUACUAAACAUAAAACCACACAAACUUCACCUUUACAAGUACUAGUGGGUAUUGACGGCACCACCCCUAUUAUACGGGCUUUGAUUCGUGAUGUCGCAGUAGAAAAUACUCGACCUAACCGCGAAGGUUUACGUGAAUUACGUAGACAACGAACUACCAGCCUGUUGGAGCAAAACAGGCAAAAACAAGAUGCCUACAUCAAUAAGAGCCGCAAAACUAUUCGCACCUUCAAGGAAAAUGACUUAGUUUUCGUCAUUAAAAACGCACAGAUGACUGGGAAGUUAGACUCUGGUAUGAGGGGUCCUUAUUGUGUUACUAAGGUUUUACAGCACAACCGCUACCAACUACGACUACUUGGCAACUCCUAUGGCAAAACAACGCAGGCCGCUGCCGAGCAUAUGGUAGUUUGGCGUGGAGAAUGGACCCCCGAGUCGUGCGCCACGUUUUUUGACAUUGCGGAUAACGAAACUUCCGAGGAAUCUGUUGAAGGUGAAGAAAAUGCAGCUGGACCAAGCUGUGUGCAUAUUGAGGAACAUCCUGAUGGUAGCACACCAUCGGAGACAUCCUUCGUCGAGGAAGGUGGUGCAGAAGUGGCCGAGAACGGCCCCUCGUCAGGAGAGGCCGUGUUAGCAUAAAGAAGUCCCGAAGGCGGCCAUGUUGGCAACCCAGCUAUAUAAGCAGAGCGCUUGCGCCGGUCACCCUCUUUGCUCAUCGA